GUGUUUGCUGUGACCAUCACAACUGUCACAAUCGCGACUGGCUUCGCUGUUCACAGGUUCUGGAUUCGAGCAUUUCGUCGGCGUGAGAUCGGGCUCUGCGACAUCCUCAUAUCGUUCUCCGCGGUAGGAUCGCAAAGACUUCCACGUUGACUCUUGUCAUAUUAUCUGACAGCAUCACAGUUGCUCGCCUUGGCAUUUACCGUCGCUGCCUGCUUGCUAAGUAAAUCGGGUGAUCACAAUGAAGCAAAAGCCGCUGAAGCCGUAAGUGAUUCUACCGAUGUGCGAACCACAAUGGCAGAUUCUGGAUACAUGCUGAAAACCCCCGCGAAGGCAUACGUAUCGAUGAUUGUCUUUGAUUUUGGUCUAUCCUGUGCGAAGAUUGCCAUAGGCUUCCAAUGUCUAAAAGUCUUCACGCAGCCCAAGAUACUGGCGUCGUGCUGGACCUACGUCGUAGUGUUGUCAAGUUUUGCACUCGUGACAUGCUUCCUUGACAUAUUCUUAUGCCUGCCUUGGGCGCCCGCAUGGCUCAUUUCUGGCGAAGGUGCUGCAUGCCUUGGCCAGCGUGCAUUGUGGUCAGUUCAGGAUUGCUUCUUGGAAACUAUGCUGUCUGGGUUAUCGUUGACUCAGAGAAACAGGACCAGUACCGCCGUCGUGAACACUAUCACAGAUGUAGCUGCCGCUUUACUGGCAUUGCCUCUAUUCUGGGAAUUUGACCUGCGAAGGAGAGAUAAGUUCGCUUUGUUAUUUGCAUUUGUCCUCGGUUUAUCGGCAAUUGCGUUCUCUUGUCUGCGGUUGCAGGAUAUUGUAACAUCAUCGUCAAUUCGAAAAACACUCAGAGACUCUUUGCUAAUCAUAUGGACCGCGUUGGAAUUGAACAUCAUCAUUGCUUGCGCAUGCCUGCCGACAUUGAGAGACGCAUGCUUGCCACUCUUUUGCGACUCCUCAUCUCAGAUUCCAAUUUCCAGACGAAGUCUAGAAAAUCCAAGCAGAGCUAUGUCCGUACGAUCUCCCCUUGGACCACGUCGGAGCACGCCCACGCCUGAUUAUUUCGACAUGGAGCAUAUCCGACCGGACACGUCCUUAUCAGAUCUGCCAGCGGGACACAUCUUCGUCCACACGAGUUUAGAGCAGCAGGUGGAGCAAGCGCAAGCAGUGAGAUCAAACUCUCUUGACGUUGAGAGCAUGCGCGCAAGGUUCGACGAGCAGAAAUGGUAGACCCGUGCAAUACAUCAACUUCUAGGCGUGCUGCACAUCCGUGCUUGCAGAGGCGUUGCUUCCGGUCGAGCUUUUCCAUGCAGGAUGGAAGAAUAUCUUGAGUACGAAUUAAAUUCGGGUGAUUUUGCGGGUGUGUGUGGAGCGUGUCCAACAUUAGCCGAUCGAAGUUUUGAG